GUUUAUUCAAUUCUCGAACCUUGUGACCUAGCUGACCUUGAGCGGUUCUUUGUUAGAUCGAAGGCUCCAGUACCGUAGAGCGGAUUCGUGAGAAAGGCGACAUCUUCCUCUUCCACCAACCUUUGUUUUAUUUUUCACUCUCCCAGACUGUUCUUCUUUUUCCGAAAGGGGCGAUGGCCGGCGGCAAGAAGAAAGGAAGGGGAAAGACAAGAAAGAAGCCUCCGCCGGAGCAACUUCUCGCUUCCAGUUACAUUCAUGAGUGGGUCUUCCGCGAGGACUGGGAGUCUACUCAACGGACCAUGGAUGCAAAUGAAUUCUUGCCACCGCCUCAGCUGAAACGUUCUAUGGGCGAUCGUGUAGCCUUUGAGUUUCACUGCCAUUCCAAGUGCAGUGACGGGUACCUCUCGCCAUCCGCGGUCGUUGCGAGAGCCCACAGGAAUGGAGUGAAAGUUCUUGCAUUAACGGACCAUGAUACGAUGGCUGGCAUUCCAGAGGCCAUGGAAGCUGCUCACAAACUUGGCGUCCUGAUUAUGCCUGGUGUUGAAAUCAGUUCGUUAUAUACUACAGGUUCUGGGACCGAAGAACUUGUGCAUAUCCUUGCAUACUAUGGUAGCUGUGGUCCAGCAAAGUAUGAAGAACUCAAUGAAUUGUUGACUGCUAUUAGAGAUGGACGUCUCCUCCGAGCAAAGAAUAUGCUACUAAAACUAAACAACCUAAAAGUGUCUAUUAAGUGGGAACAUAUUGUUAAAAUAGCAGGGGAUGGUGUGGCUCCUGGAAGAUUGCAUGUGGCUCGAGCAAUGGUUCAAGCUGGACACGUGGAUAACCUAAAACAAGCUUUUAGCAAAUAUUUGUAUGAUGGUGGGCCGGCUUAUGCCAAGGGCAGUGAACCUUCUGCAGAAGCAGUGGUAAAAUUGAUAAGUAAUACUGGAGGUGUAGCAGUUCUGGCUCAUCCUUGGGCUUUGAAGAACCCAGCUGCUGUCAUCAGAAGCUUGAAAGCAGCUGGACUUCACGCUAUGGAGGUUUACCGAAGUGAUGGCAAAGUGGAUGGAUAUGGUGAAUUGGCUGAUUUGCACGGUCUUAUCAAGCUAGGAGGAUCAGAUUUCCAUGGUAGAGGUGGCAAUGAUGAAUCUGAGAUUGGUAGUGUUAAUCUGCCAGUCAUUUCCAUUUACAAGUUUUUGAAGUUGGCAAGGCCUAUUUGGUGUAAUGCCACAAAGAGCAUUCUACAAAGCUUUGCAGAGGAUCCCUGUUGUUUGAAACUGGAGAAAAUAACAAUGUUUGGAAAGCCAUAUAAGCUUAAAUUGUGUAAAUCCAUCAACUGUGUCGAGGAAGUUGUUGAUCUUUGCCUUUCUUCGUGGUUAACCAAAGAGGAAAGGAUGGAAGCUGAAUUUGAGGCCAUCAAGUUGAAACUCUCACAGGCUGUAAUCAGUAAAGGGGAAUUUCAACUUCCUAUUUCUAUCCAAUAGCUUUGAUUUUAACAGGUUUUGAUAGAAUUGAAGGGAAAAUAGUUCAGAAGAAGCAAUUUCUCUCUCUCCCUCUUUCUCGCUACAUUCCUUUCUUAUUAUUGCACAUGCAAAUUUUUUAAGAAGAGCCGUUAUGUUGUAUCUUUUGGGAGAAAAAAAUGAGUGAAAUAUCCAAGUGUUCAUCCUCAAAUCUUUAUGAGACUUUCUUAUAAGAAUACCUUCUCCAGAUCAAUUUGUAGGGCUUUUUUUAAAGGGCUAUUAUUA